AUGCCGCACUGCAAGUUCUUAAACACAGAUGUCGCCCUGUCCUCUGAUGACCAGGCCCCGCGCACAUAUUCUCGUCGGUCUUGCAUAGAUGCGGCCUUGAGUAUACUGGAGAUUCGAACAAUAUUCGACGAUGAAACUGGUCCAGAUGGUCAGCUUUAUACGAUGCGGUGGCGAGCAUCCUCCUUUCUGAAGCACGAGUUCUUGACAGCCACUAUGUUGCUGAGCUUUCUCGCGCGACAGAGACAGAAAGGUCCGAUACCUCUUCCUGAGGGCUACAGCUUGGAUCGCAUCAUGGAUGCUUUGAGGCAAGCUCACGGUAUCUGGGUGAAGUCGAAGAAUUCUCCGCUGGAAGCAAAGACCGUUGCCGCUGCUCUCCAGAUUGUUCUGGGUCAGCAGCUGGAUUACCCUUAUAGGGACAUUCGAAGACCGGAUACAAACAAUGAUAUCAACCUGGGUUUAGCCAUGAUGAUGGACCCAAACUUCGCAUGGCAGUGGCAGACGUGGUUCGAAACCGAACUGCCGCAGGACUCCGUGUGA